AAUGUGCCUCUUUGCUCAGUUAUCAGCGGAUAUAGAAGUACUAUCCAGUUUAGUUUUUUCUUUUUUUCAGGUGCCUCUUGUGUGACACGUGUGACCGCUUAAGGAAGCAACUAUUUUCUUUUGCGAAGGUUACAGGCUGCGCGCAAACAGAGAUUGCCGGGCCAAGCAAGCAGGCAGCCAUUCUGCCUUGUUCUGGGGAUACCGUCUUUCCCUUCCACAGCUAGUUCCAACCCAAAGGAAUUAAAGCGGGACUCCGAAGAGUCCAAAGUGGACGGAGGGAGACGAGAGGGGUUCGGAGGAGAGAGCCCAGGCGCUAGAAGGGAGGCGAGGAGAGCGCGCAAGGCUGAGAGGGUAACCCACACUGGGGAAGAGAGGCCGAGGCCGCCGCCGCCUCCUCCUCCUGCGGAGGGGUCAGUCCCUACCUGGAGUAGAGAGGAGACAACCUCCGCGCCCCAUUAGGGCUCGCGGGCGGCGGUGGCGGUGCCUGGGCCGUUCCCAUAGCGACUGACUCCCCGUAACGCGCAAGCCAGGCCGAGGCGAGGGCAGCAGGAGGACGUGCAGAAGGCCUAGCCCGCGACCUCUCCCCGUCCCCGGCCCAUCAUGUACCCAGCAGGAAGCGAGGCUGCUCCCGCUUCUCCUCCUGCGAGAGAAACACGAGGGAGUUUCGGAAGCUUCCCAGGGUAGGAAGCAGGGCCAGGGGCCAAGGUGGGCGGGAUGGGAGUCCCCGGCGCAAGGGGAACCUCUCCCCAAUUCUCCCCUCAUGGACGAGAAGAGCUCCCCGCCACCUUCCUUCACCCCCUGCCUCCCCGCUCUCUCGUCUGUCUGUCUCGUUGGCUGUGGGUUGCCAGAGUCAACAGGAAACCAUCUUCUCGGCCCUUCUUUCCUCCAGCCAGGAAUGGGUUUCAGGCUUGUCAGUGGAAGCAAGAGCAACAAGUCUGCCAUCGUAAUGGGGAAAAAAGAUGUUAUACCUGGCAUUUAUGGGACCAGUCUGCCACUGAGCAACUUCUCUCCCCAGACACCCCAGACUUGUGUUUUGGAAUCCGAUGGCUCUGCUGAAAAGAAAUUUCACUCACCAGAAGAAAUGAUUGGCACAGGAGGUAUUCUUACAAGUGCAUUUUAUAAGGACCAUUAUAAAGCUGCAAUUGAGCAGUUGGCAGCUCUUAAUAUGUCAAAAAACAGUAGGACAGCACAGUUCAGUUCAAGGAGCAGACGACAAGGGACAUACCAUUCCUGGAGCUAUAUACACAAUCAAAGCAAUAAUACAACGAGCAGAGACUUCAAUAAGCCUUUUGUAGAAAUGCCAUCUAGUUCCAGUGACAUUCCUAUGAACUUCAUCACCAAUCCAACACUGCUACAUUCUUAUGUGAACAGAUAUCAUCCAGUUUCUUAUCCUGGAACACCAAAGACGACAUUGGAAAACCACAGCAGAAAUGGAGAUCAAGACUUUUUCAAAAAGGCUAGUGAAGCUACCGCUUCCGAGUCAUAUCCUGCUACGGAUAGCAGUAGUGAUGACAUGCUUUCUGUAAUGAAAUGGAAUUUGAAGAGAGGAAAUGGCAACACAGAGAACCCUUUAGCAGAAGAAAAGUAUGCAGCUGAGAAUGAGAAAAGUGACGUUUUGCUGAAAUACUUAAAAAAUGCAAAUCUUAACCUAAGACCAGAACCCAUAGAACAUAAGGAAGAUGUUUCCUCUUCACAUGAAAAUAAUACAUUUUCAUAUCCUGAUUUCCUUCCUCCACCUUAUAACAGCUUGGAUUUACAAAAACUGUCCCUAUCAAAGUGGGAUGAUUGGAAAUUAGCCUUUAAUCCACCACUUGACGAAUCACUUGAUAAACUAAUUUCGCGCCUAGUGGAAAUGGAAAGGUUACAGCAUUUGACUAUAUUAAGAGAAAGGACAAAAGAACAGCCCAUUUCUCCCACCAUGGCAGUUAACAACCAUGCCAUUUCUUCAAAAGACAUACACCAGCUAAAGCAAUUGAAGCGCUCUGAUCUUUCAUAUCAUCAUGCAGCUUAUAAUGCAGAUCCUUGCAGUUUGGGCGAUUGUAUGCAAGAACCAGACCUAUCAAAAUGCACAUGCCAGCAUUGUCAUAAUAAGUGGGAUUCUGGAGCAUCAUCCCUUUUACGUUCAACCACAAACCACUUUCGAGUAUCUUGCAAUAAAUGUUCCAAAGCUCCAGUAAUUUUAGACUCCAGCAGUGUUCUCACACGUAAGUCUCUGUCAUGCUCUGGAAGUUCAUCAAAAAUCCGAUCAGCUGUCAAAAUGACUUCCUCAAAGUUACGUAUACCCAGUACACCUGUAGCUUGUUGCUUACCUGACAAUGCAAAUUCAAAGCCUAAGCAGCCAAGGACCAAAAGAAAAACUUGUAGGAAAACUGUAUCAAUGGGUAAAGUUUUCCACUCUCAGAGACUAAAAUCUAUAUCUGUCAUUUCAAAGCAAAAAUAUUCAAAUGCUGACCACCAGUGAUCUGUUGAAUUAAAUCAACAGGCAUCAAAUGCUGACCACCAGUGAUCUGUUGAAUUAAAUUAUCAGGCAUUCACUAAUGAGUGCAAGGAAUGGACAAUAGAAUUUUGGGAAGUUGUUCCCAAUUUGCAAUUUUAUGAGAGAAUCAGAUUUAUUUUUCUUUGAGAAUCUUUUCAUGUGAGAUUUUUAAGUAGUCGUGAACAUUAUUUGUGAAAUUCCAAAUUGUAAUCACAGUGCUCUUUUACUUUUAAAAAAUGUGUUUAGAUGUAUUUUUUAAAAAAUGUUUAAAUUGAAGAAACAAAUAAAGUGUGGUCUUUAGACUA